AUGGAGAAACAAACUACCUCUUCUUUAGAGAUCCAUCCUCUGGAUCAGCUCACUGUUGAGGAGUGCAAGCUCGCUGUCUCCUUACUCCGCGAUGAGCACAAAGGAAAGACCCUACACAUCAAGAGCGUUCAGGCUCAGGAGCCCCCCAAGAAAAUCAUGACCAAGUGGCUCGAUGCCUACCACGCUGGCAGCCCCAUUGCCCCUCCUCCUCGUGUCGCCUACUGCGUUUACUACAUUUUGGACGACCGCCAUGCCGAGGAGCUGUGGUUGAAUCUUGAGAACCGCAAGGUCGUGCAGCGCCGCUCUUUCGAGAACGGUACUCACCCUCCCAUGGAUCAGCCCGAGAGCGACAAGAUCGAGGAGCUUGUUCUCAACGAACCCGCCGUCCUUGAGGCCCUCAAGAAGUGCGGUGUCGACGGCAUUCAGGACGUCGCUCCCGACGGAUGGAUGUACGGCUGUGACUCCAAUGAGCCUCUGCCCCGUCUGGUUAUGUUCUUGAUGUACAUGCGUGAUCCCAAGACUCACCACCCUGAGAGCAAUAUCUACGCUUUCCCUCUUCCUUUCGUCCCUGUUUACGACGUUCUUGAGAAUAAGCUGGUUCGCAUCGACUGGUGCGCUACUGGCGGCGAUGGCGAUGAUGUCAAUGAGAUCAACUACAACUCUGGCAACCCCGAGAAGUCCAUCGUUGACAACAUGCGUGCUGGUGAGUACUACCACGAGCUCCGCCCUGACCUGCCUCUCCGCGAGGACCUCAAGCCUUACAACGUUGUUCAGCCCGAGGGUCCCUCCUUCUCUAUCGAAGGAACCCGCGUCCGCUGGCAGAAGUGGGAUCUCCGCGUUGGUUUCAACCCUCGCGAGGGUCUCGUUUUGCACGAUGUCCGUUACGACGGCCGUCAGACAUUCUACCGUUUGUCCGUUUCCGAGAUGACUGUGCCUUACGGUGAUCCUCGUCCUCCCCUGCACCGCAAGCAGGCUUUCGAUCUCGGUGAUAUCGGUGCCGGCUACGCUGCCAACUCCUUGGCUCUUGGUUGCGACUGCUUGGGUACCAUCAAGUACUUUGACGGUAACCUCGUUCACUGCGAUGGUAGCGUUGAGGCUCGCAAGAACGUUGUCUGCAUGCACGAGCAGGAUGAGGGUAUUCUUUACAAGCACACCAACUACCGCACUAAUGUUGCCCGGGUUGCCCGCCGCCGUAUCCUUGUUCUCCAGACCAUCUUGACUGUUGCCAACUACGAGUACAUCUUUGCUUGGCACUUGGACCAGGCUGCCAACAUCGAGCUCGAGAUCCGCGCUACUGGUAUUGUUUCUACCCAGUACAUUGAUCCCGGCAAGAAGAGCAAGUGGGGUACCAUUGUCUCCCCCUCCGUUUUGGCUUCUUCUCACCAGCACUUGUUCUCUAUGCGCAUUGAUCCCGCUAUUGAUGGCCACAAGAACACCGUUGCCGUCUGCGACAGUGUUUUGGAUCCUCUUGAUGCUAUUAACCCUCACGGCACCGGUUUCUACAACAAACACACUUAUGUCGAGAAGUCCAGUGCUCUUGAUGCUGACCAGAGCGUCAACCGCUUCAUCAAGAUCAUCAACGAGAACAAGAUCAACCCCAUCACCAUGGACCCCGUUGGUUUCAAGCUUUCCGCUUAUCCCUCGGCUUUGAUCAUGGCUCGCGAGGGCUCUAUUGCCCGCAACCGUGCUCAGUUCGCUAAGCACCACUUCUGGAUCACCAAGCACACUGACGAUGAGUUCUUCGGCGGUGGUGUCUGGACCAACCAGUCUAGCGUUGAGCGCGGUGGUGUCCAGGACGCUAUUGAUCGUAAGGAGGAUGUCCGCAAUGAGGACAUUGUUCUGUGGCACUCUUUCGGUCUCACCCACCACCCCCGUAUCGAAGACUUCCCUGUCAUGCCUCUGGAAAAGAUCACAGUCGGUCUGCAUCCAUAUGGUUUCUUCACCGAGAACCCUGCCAUGGAUGUCCCUCCUUCCAAUCAGCAGUUCAACCGCUCUGUUGAAGUCAUGAAAACUCGUUGCUGCAACAAGAUGUAA